AAUCGAUUGUGACUUGGGAGCUGAAGCUGAGACGGGGCGGGGCGGCGACCGGGCGAGCCGUGUGUCUUCGAGUGGAAGCAACACCCAAGAGAAGAAGAGCACAGGGCAGUGGAGAGCACGGGACGAGACGAGACCCCCACCAGCAGAGGCAGAGGCGACAGCCGCAGCCGGCCACCACCACCAGCAGCGCAUUGGACUGUCCGUCCGGCAUCCAGGGCGGGGACACCAUCCAUGGCCGUGGGGGGCCUUCUGCGGGGUCUCGUUUCGCCGGCGGGGGGAGCCGCCGCCUGGCUGCCCUGCCACGAGCUCUUCGCCUCCUGGCACCACUGGCUCCCCUCGCUCCCGCGCCUCCGCCCGCCCGCAUCCGACGGAUUCAAGCUUCUCUUCGUGCUCCUGCUCUUCUCCGCCGCUCUGGCCGAGGUCCGCUACAUCGCCUCCUCCUCCAUGGCGCCAACGCUCCGACCAGGCGACCGAGCCGUCGCCGAGAAGGUUACAUACUUGUUCCGGAGGCCAUCUAUUGGGGAUAUAGUGUUUUUCAAAGUGCCUUCUGCCGUACAGAAUUAUGGUGUCAAUAAGGAUGUUGUCUUUAUUAAGAGAGUAUUGGCAACACCUGGAGAUUUCAUUGAGGUUCGACAAGGGCAGCUUAUUGUAAAUGGUAUUGCACUGAAGGAGCAUUACACAGCAACCCAUGCGUUGUACACAAUGGAAGCAAUGCGCCUUCCUGAAGGUCAUGUAUUCGUCAUGGGUGACAACCGAAAUAACAGCUGUGAUUCUCGUGCCUGGGGGCCUCUUCCCAUUGCCAACAUCGUUGGAAGGUACAUGACGUCCUUUACAAGAUCCUCUUUCCAGUAACUGAAGUGAAGAGGUUCCACUCAAUGUAUGUCGCCUCAUGAGUCAUAACCGUAGUUAGAGAGUUGUGCUAGAGUGCAGCCAGGCUGCUGUGUUGUCAACUUGUGCCAGAACUAGCCCUCUGAGUAAUGCUGUAGCGCUGUUGUUGUACACGAUCGCCUUUCUCCUACCCGUGGGAACUAGAGGAGAGGUUACCUCUGCUGCUCGCAGCAGUCGCAGUUGGCACGAGCCCUCAGGCUGUAGUGUGUUGAGCUUGUGAUUACCUUAAGUGAUGAAGCCUAUCGGCACUGAUGCUAAAUGUCGAACGCAAUUUGCAUCAGAAAUUUGGACAUGAUUGUGUUAUUCCA